GCUUCUUUCCGCAUUUUCCUCCAAAACCCUUUCAAACUUUUUCGGCUAGAGCUGUACUCGAAAUCAAGCUCAAAAAUUAAAUUUUCCGGACAAAAAGCCAGAGCACCACUUUCCAAGCUGAGAAAAUGUCCCUAAAUCGCGGCUGUAGGGUUUUCCUACGGACGAUUCCGCAACAGAUUUUCCGGCGCGGCCAGGCGGACUACGGCAAAACGAUUUGCAACCUGAAGAUCAACAAGGACACCAAGGUCUUGGUGCAAGGAUUUACUGGAAAGCAGGCCACUUUCCACUCGGAGGAGUCCAUAAAGUAUGGGACCAACAUCGUGGGCGGUGUGAAUCCAAAAAAGGGUGGUUCGCAGCAUCUGAAUAAGCCAGUUUUCAAGUCCGUUGCCGAGGCGGUUGAGAAGGUAAAACCCGAUGCCACGGUUAUCUUCAUUCCGCCGCCAUCCGCCGCCGAAGGAAUUUGCUCGGCCAUCGAGAGCGAAAUCGGUUUGAUUGUGGCCAUCACCGAGGGAAUUCCGCAGGUGGAUAUGGUGCGGAUAAGUCAGAUGCUGAAAUGCCAGGAGAAGUCCCGCCUGUUGGGACCCAACUGCCCGGGAAUCAUUUCCCCCGAUCAAUGCAAGAUCGGGAUAAUGCCGGGCGAUAUCCACAAGCGGGGAAUGGUGGGCAUAGUCUCGCGAUCGGGAACCCUGACCUACGAAUCCGUUCAGCAGACAACCCAAGUCGGUCUGGGCCAGGCUCUUUGCGUCGGUCUUGGCGGGGAUCCCUUCAACGGAACCAACUUUAUAGACGCCCUAAAGAUCUUUCUCGCCGACAAGGAAAUCAAGGGCAUAGUAAUGAUCGGGGAGAUCGGGGGCUCCGCCGAGGAGGAGGCUGCCGAGUACCUCAAGGAGCACAACACCGGAUGCGAGGCUAAGCCCAUCGUUGGUUUCAUCGCUGGUCAGACCGCUCCGCCGGGUCGUCGAAUGGGGCACGCCGGCGCCAUCAUUGCGGGCGGCAAGGGGGCGGCCAAGGACAAGAUCGCCGCCCUCGAGAAGGUUGGCGUGCGCGUAGCCGCCAAUCCCUGUCAUCUGGGCACCACGCUCCGCGAGGAGAUGGUCCGAUUGAAAAUAGUGGCCAAGUGCCCGGACGAGAAGCAGGCCCAGGGUGGCAAGAAGUAGGAUUUGGAAAAGAAAGUUAAUGCUCCAAUAAAUAACAUUCAAUGUUUUUAAACAUA